AUGUAUCUGUGUGGAAGAAGUGAUUAGCUUUCGUAAAAUGUAGUCUUUUUUUUACCUUCGACAACAGUGUUUGCGACACAGUGAAUGAAACAGCAACAAAUGUGACACCAUAGACGAUUCAAUGAAGCAACUAGCCUCACAUCAGGGUAGUGCGUGAAAUGUUCUUCGAUAUGGCCGUGAAAUUAUAUUUAACUGACGCGAGAGUAGGAUGCCGAAACAAAAGAAUAUUGGUUACUGCUGCACGUAGUAACCGUCUUCGUGCAAAAUGUUGAAUAUUACAACUGAGAAAAACGCAUAGCAGAUUAUGAAGUCACUAUUAAACACUUGAAAUGAAAGUUUUGAGUUAUCUGAAUACGUAGUCCCUUAUAUUUGCCCUCAGCUGUGAAAACGAAAUGCAUUUUUCUGUUCUAAGUAAAUUACCACGUGCAACAUUUUGUAGCGGCUCUCAUAAAAUGAAAUAAAACGGUGAUACUAUUUCGAUACCACAAUGGAAAAUUCAGAUAAAUUCGGUAUUGUAAUGGAAAAACCAAAGACAGAGCCUCCUAAUAACGAUACCUUAAAUUACGAUUCAGAUUUGUCCCCACAUUGUCACACUGUCGUCUCAGAGCUGCUAGAUUUAACAAAAUGUGAUAGGUUAGAUGGUUCUGGUGUAUGUGAUACGCGAACAGAUUCUUCAGCAAAUUGGUCACCUCCAGAAAGCAUUUUGCGUCAGGCAUUAAUGUCAUUUGCCACAGCAGAGGAGAAAACUAUGCCGUGUUAUGAACACGGAAAAGACGACUUAAAAGACACAGAUGAAAUAUUUCAUGUGGAGGAUCUUAAAAUAUUUCCCCCUAAUUUUUUUAAUGAUAAUAUGGUGGCAAAGGCGCAUCAGCUUGAUUCUCAGCAAUUUACAUUCUUCCCAUCAGAAACCAACCCUUUGCUUCCUGAUACACUUUCUGGCGUUUCCCAAGUGUGUUCUCUGAACAACAGUACAUUUGUUGCAGCUCCACCUUUUGUGCCAUCAUCGUCAGUUGCUAGUCUUUCAGACUCAAGUCAGUUAUCAUUUGUCACUUCAAUUGCUCAGCAUACUGCUCCAACACAAAAUACAUCACACUUUUCCGUAACCUCUUCGUCCUUGUCCAACAAAUGUGAUGGAUCCUUGUGUGAUAUGGCACUGCCAUCUGCAAACACCUUUGUACCCAAGCAGGACACAUUUCCAUCAUCAAAAGAUGUUACUAUGGAUGCUGCUUUCUCAGCAGUGCCAAAGACUGAGAACAACCUAACCAUUGAUGACUCUGUUCCAUUACCCUUAUUGUCAAAUUUGAAAUCAAGUUUAUCACAAGAUAUUCCAGAAAAUCAUCCCAAUCCUUCAAAUCUUGACAGGGAUGUUCUGACAACAGCUUUGUCUUCCUCUGCUGCCUUUGAUUCUGUCAGUGAUGAUGAAGAUGUACCUAAAUUCCUUGAUUCUGGAGUAUCUGAUGUGUGUGAGACUGAAAAUGGUAUAAAGAUUGACAUAAAAUCAGAUGAUUCAUCUGAUUUUAGCCACAAUUCAUUGAUGCCAUUACCAGAUACCAGGCACAAAAAUUCUAUCAGUCAAAGCACACUGUUGCCUAUGUCAAGUAACAUAAUCUUGAACAAAAAUGAGCAUUCCACAACAUCUGUUGAACAGAUUAUUUCAAUUCCUAACACGGUAUGUGGCAGUGAAUUGAACAUUCCACUUUCAGUUCCUGUCUCCUCUGACACAGUACACGUAUGUAAUUCAGUAAUUAGUGGAGAAUCUGGACAAGUAACUUCUGUAAGAGAUCCUCGCUUAGGACAAACACCAUCUUGGCAAAACCAUGGAAUAUCUAUGGCUACAUUAAGUUCAGCUCGUGACAGAAUGCUUACAGAAUGCUCAGUGUUUGGACCAAAUACAGCUGCCACAAAUAUUUCUGGCAUCAAUGUUACAGCUAUGAUGCAAGCUACAGGUGCUGUUCAAUUGUCAGACACGUCUGCACAGUCACUUGAUAUUUCUGCACAGUCCUCACAGUCUUCCGCACCUGAUCAAGUUACAUCUGUAGUCACCAGUUUCUCAGCUUUGGACUCGUCUUAUGCUGUGCAGUCUCCUGCAGAAAUUCUAUCUCAGCUGUCUAGAGCUGGUGCUUUCCCUGCGAUGACAAGUAGUCAGGUGUCGUCUGUGCUGUCAGCUCUGAAUUCAGAAUUUAAUCAUGAUUCUGAAACUGAUACUGGUCCACAAGAUGAGCUUAGUAAUGAACAGGUAUUGCAAGCACCGAUCAGUGUGGAAAAAGUUUCAACAACAACUCAGACUGAAGAUGUAAGUUUCACUGGUAAUAUAUGCCAAGAAAGCAAAAAGACGACAGAGGUGCACUCCCCCACAAUAGCCAGUGAUCAUCCAGAGAACACCACCAGUCAUUCAGGGAAAAGUAUUAAAAAACCAGAAGUUAAAGAUGGACCAAUGGCAGUCAGUACCAAAGAAAUGCCACCACUUGUGAAUCGCAUUCCAUUGUACACAAAAAUUGUAGCUAUUAUCUUGAAAACAACACAGGCUGAAGUUACAAAGACAGCAAUUCCAGUGGAUAACACAAAUACAAAAAAGAGUACUGAUAGUUCAUCUGUGGUUUCUACUAAUCCAACAGACAUUGCCCACAAGAAAGAAGAAAAUAUAUCACCUCCAGCUUCCAUUACUAAGCAGGAAACUGUUAGUGUUAAGCCAAAAAGCAAAUUGUUGAAUGAAGAAAAACCAAGUAAUGCAAAACUGAGCUCAAAAUUAAAAAAGAAGAAGCCGAAAAACAAUUGGUCUAAACCAAAUAGGAACUGCUCUGCAAGACACGUCCAUACAAAAAAUUCCGCAGUCAAACUUAAGAGACGCAAAAAAGCUAAACAAAAUAAUGAUAGUUAUAUUUCAAAAUUUGUUGAAAAACUUUUCUGUUACAGGUGCAAAUUUUGUCCAUUCAUUAGUCUGCAGAAAUCUGCAGUAAGUUUACACAUUGAAAAGGAACAUGCGGCCAAUGUGGAAGCUUCAAGUGGUCCCAUGCAGUUAAAAUGUGUCAUCUGUCAACGCAUAUAUGAAGGUGUGGCUCCUCUCAAAGAGCACUUGCUUAGUGUCCAUAAACUGACUGAUGAAAAAGCCAAAGAACUCGCAACUAGUUCCCUCUUCAGGAAUAAGAAUUUAGUAAUAAAUCACGUUGCAGAGAAAGAGACCGCUGUUGUAGACAAGAGCGUUAAAAAUGAUUCUUCAGAGAUCAAAACCAAUGUUGCUGAGAAUAAUGAAAAACCAAAAGAUAAAACAUUCAUGGAGAAAAGUAGAAUAAGAGUAAAAAAUUUGGAGAGUGAGAAGGUUUCAUUUUCAGAGGUGUCACCUUCAGUGAAAGAGAAGGAUAGUGCAGAACAAGAAGUAGCAAGCUUUAAUGGUCAUGGAAAUGACUGUACCAGCUCACCUAUUUUAGACCAGACUGCUGCAGAUUUGACAGACAUGGCUCAACAGAAUGAAGGCACUCAUAAAGUUAAUUCCUACAACUAUAAGCCUGCGUGGCUGCAGUGUCGUGUUUUGGUGAAAGAGGAUGGAGCCAUAGAAGCUGCAGAUGAAAAACUAAAAAUUGCUAGAAAACGUGGCAGACCAAAAGGAUCCAGAAAUCAAUUAACCUCUGGUAGUAGCAGAAAGAAAGCUUCAACAAAUUCAACAAAUGAGAAGGAGACUGGCUUCAGUUGUAACAUAGACAACUGUGCAGUCCGUAUGCGCUCUCUAGAAAAUAUUGAGUAUCACAGACGAUGCCAUAAUGGUGCCCAGUACUCUUGUCCAGAAUGCAGCCAUGUUCACUGCCAUUGGAAUGGAAUGAGCACACACUUAUGGCGGACACAUGUAAUAAAUAUGGAGCUAUUUUCUUGUGAUCAGUGCUCUUAUAAAACAACAAGUUACAGCAAGCUGAUCAACAUGCAUAAACGAAUCCAUGGCAGUGAGCGACCUUUCCUCUGUGAUACGUGUGGCAAGGGCUUCAAGAAUACAAAACAGUUACGAAAUCACAGGAGCAUCCACUAUGCAAGUUCCAAAUCAAGGCAAGAGCAUGAAGGAGAAUGUGAUGUAUGUGGUCGAACUUUUUCCACUUUGCGCAAACUGCGACUGCACAAGGAUAACGUCCACCAUAAGGUCCGUCGACACCUGUGCAGUAACUGUGGCUACUGCGCGUCCUCCAUCAGCUCCCUGAAAAUGCACAUGAGGCAACAUACAGGUGAAAAGCCAUUCAAAUGCAAUGAAUGCGACUACCAGACCUCCGACCACAAUUCCCUCCGGCGUCACAAAAUGCGCCACAGUGGAGCCAAGCCUUACAAGUGCCCUCACUGUACUUACGCUUGCAUUCAGUCCAGUACAUACAAGGCACAUAUAAAAACCAAACAUCCAGGUCUAGAUAAUGGCUUGAUGUUUAGCUGCAAUGAAUGUAAUUUCCAUACAGUGAAAGAAGAUAAUUACUUGGCACAUUUGGGAGAGCACAAACUGGGCACAUUUCCUGCCAACAAGAAGUUGAAGAAAUUGCAGGAGGAGGAUAGUGGAGGAUUUAAUUUCGAUAUGCCAUUUGAAUCAGAUUACGUUGCACACCUAGUUGAGCCCUUACUUGUGGACAGCAAUGGGAUGCGGCAACGUCUUCCAGAACUGAGUGUUCAUGCUGCAGAGACUAUUUCAGAUAUUCAGUUUCACCCAGGACGGGAAAAUGAACAAAUCAUGGGGGACUUCCAAGAACCUCGAGAGCUGAAAUUUAGUGUAUUGCAACAAGCAGCCCCCUGAAGAUACAAGCUAACAUCAUAUUCCUGACUUGGCAACUAAAGGAUGCUAACAGUAAACUGUUCAGUAUGCCACUUAAUUCACUGUUACUUUUAACUGAUCCUGUCCUACGCAGUGAAUAGAAGAGCAAAUUCCUUAUCCUUUGACUUGCAUUUUUUGAUCUAGUCUUUAGAGUCCUCUUGCUUCUGUUGUUUUUCUUCUUGUUGUUAUUACAAGACAUUAUUGUAUGCAUAAAAAUGUUUAAGUCACACAUAUGAUAGAGAUAUAAAGAAGUUGACACCGAGUCUCCACAAAAUGUAAGAUUUAUUUUUUGUGAUCAAGAAUUAAAAAUGUCAAUGGAAAAAAGUAGUCUGUACCGAGUAACAAGAGGGAGAAAUAUAAUAAUAAUAAUUAUUAUUAUUAUGGUGCUCAGCUGGACAGAGAAAUGUAAGGUAAUUUGUGUGAAUUAUGUCACUUGGGCAUCUGGAUAUUGAAAAUGAUGCACAAAGUUUAUAACAAUGCAUAUAAGACAAUGGACAGCACCAUAUGACAUAAAGAUGUGUGAAGCUGUGUAUGUAGAAGAUCCUUUACACUUAAUUCUCUGGGGUAAUUAUUCCUCUUUAGCAUCUCUCUUGUCGUGUAUGUUGAAUGGUUCACAUUUCAUUAUCUUUUCGCAAAUUUUGUAUAGCUUGUUUUUGUUAUUUCUUGCACAAAGAAGGAGAAUCUUUGGCUACAAAUCCCAGAUUCAGUGUCAGCUUUCAUAAUCACAGUGUAAACCAUCUACAUUUUACUUUUCAGGUACACUGUUUCCAUUGCUAAAAAUUCUGCAACAUGCUUUGCAGUGGGUAAUAUUCACCUCUAAAUCCAUUUUUUGUGCCUGUCCUUUGAAAUCCUGUUUCCUUUGCUCUGUAAACAAAUACUUACUUUGUUCAUAUUUUGCAACAAAGAAUAUGAUUGCUAGAUGUUAUGCAACUUGGAUUCAUUGUUGGGUAUUACCCAUGGAGUAUUUGCAUUUGAAACAAGUCCCUGUAUAUUAAUGUUACAUUAUUUGUCAGACUAUAAGAUGGUUUCUAUUUUUUUUUCCAUAAGAAGCUAAUUGCAAGGAUCUUCUCUAAAGACUUGGAAAUGUUGGGAACAGAAUCUAAACUUGCAUUAAAAAUAUACAAUAUUUUGAAAUAGCUACCUAAUUUAUUUAAUUUGCUAUUUCUCAUAAUAUAUUUUUUGCGGUCAAUAUGAUCUUCUGUUAAUGUACAUGAUUGUACAAGUUAUGUAAGUAUGGUAAAUGUUGUUACAUUCAUUUUUCAAUUCACUGUUUUUCAUAUGAGACUGACAUUUAUUUU